AGCAGGUAUAAAAAAGAAGUCUGAUUAUUCAUCUCAAGUCAGUUCAGAUCAAUAACUGAAGAUAAACAAUUUGAAAUGACAUCAAUGUUUGAAAUGACAAAUUCAGUUGUAACCAGUUCUACAAAAGGCAGCAAUGUUCAAUUAAAUUCAAUUAGAAUUGUUUCAGUGUUGAGUGAAUUCAGUUAGGUAACAUGUCAAUGUUGCAAGAUGGGAUUCAGCUGUAAAGAAGCUCUAUAUAAGAUGGUAUGCCAUCAUCAAGCUUAUGUGGAUCUCAAGAUUUGCUGUUUCUGAAAGUCUUUCCACAGUAAUGGCACAUGACAGGGUUCUCUUUGAUGUCCCUGCAUGAUUCAUAGUUCUUGUUUUUUUCUGUAAAACAAAUUUCACACUGACGGCAUUUAAACAGGUCCCUCUUGAAUAAAUCCUCAGGUGGUGCUUAAGGUUACCAUUUUGGUUGAAACUUCUUUCCAGUAUGAAUUCUCAUGAGCCUGUUAAGGUAUCCUUUAUGAGUGCAACCAAGUCUCUCCAUAGUGUGAAUUCACAUGUGGACGAAAAGGUUUUGCUUUUUUCUUGAAACUUUUUCUACAUAGAUGUCAGGUGAAGGAUUUGUUUCAAGUGUGAACUCUCAUGUGGCAAUUAAGGUUUUCUUUUUUGUUGAAACUUUUUCCACACUGUUUGCAGGUGAAAGGCUUCUCUCCAGUGUGAAUUCUGAAGUGAGCCUUAAGGCCUGUUCACACCGGGACGAAUUCCGCGCGCGAUAUUCGCCGACGUUUAACGCCUCGUGACUAAACAAAGGGCGCCAAUGUGAGUGUGCACACCGACGCGAAAAACGCCACGCGUAAAAGAGUCAUUUUUUAAAAAACGCUUCGGGUUCGUUUUUUUGGUUUGACGCACCGCGUCAAAAACUAUACGACCAAUGAGAAUGGCACUUUUGCACACGUGUCUGGAGCUUCUGAAGUUACAGUAAAACACAACUUGGGGGCGCUCAAACACAAAACUGUCUUGCUGUGAGCACACAUACGUAACGGCGAAGAAGAUAUACGCCAAGUAGCGUCUACACUGCCGGGAAGAAAUAAGACGAAGAAGAUGCAAGGCAAGAUGAAUGUAGAGUUGCUGGUCUCGUUGGUGUCGGAACACAAAGAACUAUAUGACAAACGUGACAGCGAUUACAAAAAUCUUGAUAAAAGAGAACUGUUAUGGAGUGGUAUUGCACAGCAAAUGGGCCUUGAUGUGGAGGAGGUAAAACACAAAUGGAAAAGCCUGCGAGAUACAUAUACACGAAAAAAGCGCGAAGAUGAUUGCCGAAGUGGACAGGCUGCUAAAAACAAGAAGACGUGGAAAUUUAUGAAGGUCAUGGAGUUCCUCGCAACAUCAACUGAAUUUCGAAGUGUUCACAGCAAUAUUUCUCCUGAAAAUAUGAAUGAAGGGGUUGAGCAAGUGGUGGUUCAAAAAGAAGUCAGCGACAGAGAAGAAGCAUCAGCAAGCACGUCUCCAGGAUCAUCCUUCUCCAGCCCAACUGUGACCAGGUCUACUUUCAACAAAAGAAAACGGCCAGAGACACCAGACUUGUUGGACCGGUACCUUUUAUCCAAAGAAGCCAGGGAAAGUGAGAAAGAGGAACGCAGAAGAGAGAAAGAGGAGCGCAGAGAGCAACGAAGAGAGCAACAAAAUGAUGAAAAUUACUUGUUUGCUCUUGGCUUGAUACCAGCACUAAGGAGAUUGUCCCCAGCCGUACAGUCUUCAGUCAAAUUAAAAAUACAUCAGCUGUUGCAUGAUGCUGAGUUUGGCCAGGCCUCUUCUGCUUUUUUUCCACAGCAGUCACCGGUGUCCUACCAUCAGGUCCCCCCACAGACCCCAACAAACUAUGGCUGCUCUACAACUUCUUGGCUACCCUAAUAGAUGUUUACUGUAUACAUUUUAAUUCUGUAUUUUUUUUGUUUGUUUUUUUACAUUCAAGAAAUUUAGUUGAAAAUGGCCGUUUCAUAAAUGUUUAUUUGCACUAUUGUUCACUUGCACUACAGUCAUUGUGACUUAUUUGCACAACCUUUUCUGACGCCCUUUUUUACUUUAUGUUUGUGAUUGUUAUUGCAACUUGUAGUUCAUUAAAAAAUGUUUCAUUUUUCCAAAA